AAAUCCACGCCAGGUGACCGUUCUCCACGCAAACGGGAUGAUCACCUGCAAGCACAUGGCCACAUCGGUCGGUUGCCUCACACACUUCACAAACUGCGUCUGGCUGCUGGAAUAUCAGGCCCAAGCAAUUACAACAAUACAACUACCCCACCCGCCGAGUUGGCUAGCUUCGAGACCCACUAUCAUUCUAAUGCGGUAGAUCCGCACGUUUCAAAUGCUACUUUGCUUUCUCCAGAACGGGGACUCAAUCACUACCAUCCUUAUCAUCUGGAUCAGUCUAUGGAACAGCCGCCAGUUCAACAGCGGCAAAGUCCAUCAUUGCCUUCUCCAUCUGUUUCCGCCGUAGACCCGCAUCACUCGCAUUCCACACCCCUUGCCAGCUGGCUCACAAACAGCCGCCUCUGGAUGAGCAAUGCGGUAGAACAGCAAAACAUCAGGCAGGGGGAAACCAGUCCCGUCAAUAUACCAAAUAAAUCGCAGACUCUCGACACACAAAACACCGGUUUUUCAUUCUUAUUUCCAUCCAUACAAAUAAUUUAG